AUGGAUCUGCGUAAUCUACUUAAUCAGAACGACGAAAGCAGCAGUAGUAAUGAUAAUAGUAACCUAUCGCUUAAUGACCUUAAAAGAUUACUAUCAGCUGGCGAUAAUUCAAAGUCUAUUGAGAAAAUUACCAAUGCCACGUUUGCUUUUCCACAUUCAAAACACGAGUCUUUUGUUUUUUUUAAUGUCUUUAUACAGCUGCUGCUUUCUAUUACGCAUGAAGAAGACCUUUACGAUACAAAUUAUACAAGAUCGAUUAUUAUCGAUUCUUUACGUACAUGCAUUAAUGGACUUCUAAGGCAAUUUGGCAUGAGCUGGUUACUUGAAAUUUCUCAGCACUUUAAUUUGAAGACGUGGAUCGCUUUACACAGUAGCAAAGAUAUCAGCAUCCUCAUUUAUCUCUAUGGUCUUGUUCUCGCUCUAUCAAGAAAAUCUGAAAUUAUGUAUACUCCAGAAUGGAUUGAAGGAUUGGUCAACUUUAUUCAAUCAGACACACAUGAAGUGAUUACACAUCUUUGGCUAAGCGCUUGUACUCUAGAUGACGCACACAAUAAGGACGACUUUAAGAACUUAUUUGUAUAUACUAUGGAAACUAGACUAGAAACACAACAAGAAAUGGAACGAAAACGACUGACAGAGGCACUACAGCACAUGCUGUUGUUAUUGAAAAAUGCAGAUACUGAGUACCUUGCAGCUCGAGUGGAUCAGCAACUUGGAAGCGCACUCACAAGACCACCCUUCACAAAAGACGAAUUUAUGAUUGGAAUGAUGCAACUAGAGGCCUACAGUCUGUCGAAACACGGCCUGCUUUAUCCUAAACUAUACCAUGCCUUUAAGAAAGUCAAUAAUACAAAUGAAAAGGCAGGCAGAACCCCAGGAAAGAACCCACUUAUGGACUAUGCUCCUUUGCUUUCUCCACCUAGCGAUAACCAGCUUUAUACCCAGAAAUGUAUGAUGGACGCAUCCUGUUUUUGGACACGAAAAUUAGGUGAUAUGAUACCUGAAGAAUUUGAUUUGCACAUGAAAAACCUGAUCAUACAACAUUAUCCAACAGAACAAAAGACCAUCCUGGACUUAACGUUGGCCAAUUGGGCUGUGAGAGACCGAUUCAGACGACAUCGAGACUUGAUCAUUGAUACCGUCAUCUCUUUGCUAAAGAAGCCUCGAUAUAAUAACCGCACAGCGCCUUUUUAUGCGUUUAUACAACUAUUUAAUCUACAGGAGGAACAACUGCAGCUCACAGAAAGUAACACAUAUAAAGUGAAAUCAGGCGCCUUGAUUGAUGUGGUCCAAUUUGGCAACUGUGCAGAUCAGAGUUUAGUGGAAGGUUGUCUUUUGAUUCUAAAGAGGAUAACCGAAGCAGAGACAACCUACUCGAGUAAACUGGAGAACUGGGUUGGAGACUGCUUACGGAUUACAAAGCCAGAUGUUGCUCAACGGUAUAUUGAAUGGCUGUGCAAGCAAAUACGAGAAAAACAGACGCAUUCGAUAUACGCGCGAUAUCUGCUUACGGCAUUAAAGGACACACCGCAUCUAUCCAUUUACAUCGUCCCUGUUCUACUACGCUAUUUUGAUGAAAAGAUGCUACACUGGCUAUUGACCUCACCCGAUCCAAAAGUAGCAAGCAAGAUGUUUUCACAUUAUUUUGGAGAUGGAGCACAGGCAUCGAAGCAUUUACUGGUACAUGACUUGUAUACAAGUAAAUCCAGUGCAUUUAUGAAUAAGCUCUUUUCGUUUCUAAGCGACGAAAUGUCUGAUACAAGUCCGUCGUCUCCCAAGUCAAGAGCAUGGUUUAAGAACCAUUUCUUGGGCCCCAUGCUGUCGGUGGCCGGUCGUGGCGGUAACAACAACGUUGCAGCCUAUUUCUUUCGACAGUUUUUCAAAACCAGCAGAGAUUUCGAAUGGUACUUUCAAACGCCACUUGUAGAUCAACAGCUUCCAUUCUCGUUUCUCGAUAUUUCCAAAUCACACGACAUAUAUACCAUUCGACAUACAGGACUUGCUUCUGCCUUACAAGAGAUGGCUCGGCUGGAAGAAAAUGAAAAGAAGGAGCUUGUCAAGAUGUGGUUUAGUCUUUGGACGGCGCCCCAAGAAAGUUCUUACCGGUUUACUGUCCCUGUCAGCUGGAUACUGCAGUGCUCUGGUCUUUAUGAUCAGGCGCCUGUCGUGGUAAAGCAAAUGAUAAAACAGUUUAUAAAGAUCGGUAUGGAUACCACGUAUCAACAAGGCUCCUUGGAAAGAAGCUUUGUGGAUCGCAUGAUGGACUUGGUCCUGUUAUCGGAUACCCCCGAGCCCGACAGUUUAUUUGAUCUGUUCUUGUCGGUAGCUAUUGACGAAUCCACACGAUCAUCGGCUCAGGCUAUUCAAGAGCAGAUAAUGACAGAUAUUGUCAACGUGCUUGUGGAGAUAUCAGAGGAACUGGAGAUCGAAAUGAAACUUCUGUCCACCUCAGCAGAGCAGCAACCAACGAAUGCUACACGAAUGAAGGAACCAAGGAGAAAGGUGACGAAAAGGAGAAAUAUCAAAAAGAUGAGAAAGCUUCUACUGAAACAACAAGCCGAACUUGAAGAGUCUUUACAGAAAUCGGUUCAAAGUGGAGAACGAUCCGUCAAGGCGCUGACAACGCUUGCUCAGCGCGCCUUGAAUUUUCUACUCUCUCUUUUAAAUCAAACAGCGGUUGAUAACUUGAAGCAGGAUAUACAGUACAAGUUGAUACAUAUGCCGUUAUUCUAUGAGCCAUUGGCUAAAUUAGCUAGCUUGAUUCGUCAGCCAGAGGAUUUACAAGAAGAUAUACAAACGAUGAUAGAGACCAGUCUAGGUUUCUUAAAGAACCAUAAUGAUGAAAAUAUGUAUACAGUAGCUCAAAACAUUCUACAAAGCGCAUUGUAA